AGCAAUUGUAACAGAAUUAUAACAUGAAGACAAAGGACCAACAGUUGAAGAGUCCUAAGCGACCUGCAGCUCCAGAGACCCCACGCAGCAGCAAGAGAGUGAAAGUAAAACAUGAGCCGUUCCAGUUUGCUGAGGAAGUUCCCAGAACCCCCGCGAAGAGGCCAGCCAACAGUGGCAGCCAGGAGGUGCUGCUGUACAAGAAAGGCUCAUUCUUUGCAGUGAGAAAUGAGGAAGGUAGUUUUUACCUUUGCCAAGCACUGCAGCAUGUCUUUCACAAUUUCACCAAACCCAUCAAGGUACUGUGGCUGAGCACACAUGGAACGGGCAAUGUCUAUAAGCUGGACUAUAUGGACACAGUGGAUCUAGAGUGUAUAGUGUGCCGAGUCAAGCUGGAGUACGUGUCACGAGAGGUCUAUCGGCUGCCAGAUAAGGAAGAACGGCGUAUCAGCUCAGUGCUUAAUAUGGUCCUUGGAAAUUCUUCAGCAUCGAACAACAUAGAUGAUGAAGAUGAACCAAUGAAAAAGAGAGCCAGAAUACCCAAGGGAGGCCCAAAGGCAUCAACAUCAAAUACAGUCAAAGUUCCUAAAAAGACUGUUAAAAGGGAAAAUGUGACAGAUCCCCCGACACCUAAGGCCAAGAAGACCACCAAAAAUGAGAAAAUUGCUGACAAAAUAAAAAAGAAAGCACGUAAAAUGAAAGUUGUGUCCACAAAAGUGAAGAAAGUAAAGAAGGAGAAGAAGGAUACCAAAAAUAAAGACAAAAAGAAGAAAAAGGAGGUCAAGGCUGUUAAGGUCAAGGUCGACCUUACUGAUCCUAACCGCCGGCUGAAACCUAACCCUGCUAUCAAAGUCUGGGAAAAAGAUCCCCUGUUUGAGACAAAAGAGAAUGUGCCCUUUGUAUCUUCCACGGCACAUAGUAAAUUAGUCAUCAGAGCUGUUUUGAUGAACGAUAUGAAACUACUCCAACAGUUAGUAGAUGACCGCAAGCAAGUGCACUCUGUAUCAUGCCCUCGUAGCUUGGAGGUCCCUUGGUCUGCUGUACACUACGCCAUCCUGAAAGGGAACCAGAAGGCGCUCAAGAUCCUGGGAAAUGAACUUCAUGAAUCCACUCCAUCACGAGUGUGUGAACCCUAUAGUUUUCUCAAGACACAGGGAACAGGAUACUAUAACCGUCGCUCCUUGGGGAUCCGAGCUGUCAGAAGACUCAAUAUGAGUCGUGGAGGAAAAGAAGGAAACAAUGCCUUCACCAAAGAUCUAGAUAAAGAUGAUGAUGAGGAGGAACUGCUGCCAUUUGUCUUGAAGCAUGGUGUUUCCGCAGAAAUGUUGACAUUUUUAAUGGUCAACAAGUUUUUAGAUAAAAAUGAGGUUUUUGAACAUAUCUACAUGGCUGUGAGACACGGUCAUAACAAGUUGGCUUGUAAGUUGAUGGAGGAGUAUGACAACCAAGGAGGAUAUGCCAUAGGAGGGUUCAGUAACUUCCACAAAGAAGCUCUGACUUUUGAUGGGAAGCAAGAUUGGAAAGCACCUAUAAGAGAAGCCUCAGCCAAAAAGAAAGCAAAUCAAGAAAAUAUGAAAAUAACUCCUAUCCACUGUGCUGCCAUCAACCCCAAUGCUAAAUACCUGGCCAAGUUGUUGUCUGCCGCCCCUGAGUACAACCUGAUGGAUCACGAGAUGCGUAGACCUGUACAUUAUGCUGCAGCAUGCACUGGCACUGGACCUCUGGAGUAUCUGAUUGGAAAGGGUGUAAGUACAUCAGAAAUUGACAAACAAGGCUACAAUCCUCUUCUGAUAGCAGCAGAAACAGGCCGUGAACACAAUGUGGACUUGUUGCUUAAGACAGCAAAAGCUCAAGUGUCUGCAGAUGAACCAGUAGGCAAAUAUGGUUUUGGUGGAUUGAAUGCUCCAAACAAAGCCUCCAUGUGCCCCAUACACUUAGCCAUUAUGAAUGGUCAUCAGAAAGUGGUUGAGGUACUAUUGAAAUACGGGGUGGACAUUGAAAAACCUUUGAAUGCAGACAACGGGAAGGUGACCCCGCUUAUGUUAGCGGCCAGUAAAGGGGACGUUGCCAUGGUGAAGUUACUCAUAAAGCACAAGGCAAAGAUUGAGAAACUUG